AUGCUUUCUUUAGUUUGUGCAGUCUUUUUUUCAGUUAUUUCUGCUACUAGCUUUUACUCUCCUUUGUUUCUUGCAGCAAUGGCCAUGGAACGAUACAUUGCUGUCUGUAAUCCUUUGAGACAUGUGCAGAUCUGUAGCAAUAAAUGGGUUUGCUUUGUACUCUGCAUCAUCUUUUUCACUGGUGAAAUACCUAAUGUUGUGGUGUUCUCGUUGUUUACAUCAGAACAGCCACUAUCCGCCUUUUUUACAUAUAAAUACUGUACUCGUGAAGUCUUCAUCAAUUCCCCAUCUCAGAACACAGCCCGAAUUGUAUUUUAUCUGAUGUUUUUUGUACCAGUGUGGAUUGUCAUUAUUUAUACUUAUUUCUGCAUUAUGAUUGAAGCUAAACGAGCAGCAGGAGAUUCAUCAUCCAUUUCCAAGGCACAAAAGACAGUCUUCUUGCAUGGAAUUCAGAUGUUACUGUGCAUGACUUACUUCUGCCUGCCUCUUCUUGAGCUUUGCUUCUCGUCUGCUCCAGCUUAUGUCCUACAUCACACUCGCUUCAUCUCCUACUUUUUGACCAACUUGCUGCCAAAAAUACUGAGCCCACUGAUUUAUGGAGCCCGUGACGAAAACUUCAAAAAACAUUUAAAGUUUCAUCUUUCCUGUUUCUCAAAUAAUGUCAGACCUUUGAAUGUGAAUAGUAAAUAG